CGCGCCUUCCGCGAACGCCUCGGAGCCCAACAACAUUACGCAAUAGUGAGGCAUGCUCUGGGGGGCGACGGCCAAGGGCAUGUCCAGCUGAUGUUUGGACCUGAAUUGCGGCGCGUCAGGUAGUUCUUGGCGGUUAAUCAUGACGGAGGAAAUAGGGUUCGAGAUGGAGCGGCAGCAGGAGAGUUGGUUUGGAAGUUGGCUGCGAUGGUGCCCCACGUCCCUCAGCCUACUACGAGAGGCAGAGAAGAUGUUGCUGUCAAACCUAAAAAGCCUGUACAGAGGACGUUAUGUGAAUGUGGGCUGCACAGUUGGCGCAGAGGAGUCGCACAUCUGGACUCUGAGCUUUAAUGAAGAGUCAACCAAAAUCCCCCUGGUGCUUCUGCAUGGCUUUGGCUCAGGGGUGGGCUUGUGGUGCCUCAAUUAUGAUGCAUUGGCUGCCAAGAGACCCGUCUAUGCCAUUGACAUUGUUGGUUUUGGCCGCAGUUCUCGACCACAGUUUACACGUGACCCUUGGAGGCUGAGAGGGAAGUUCAUCACAAACCAUGCACGCGUGGUGGGCGUGUGGAGGAGAAGAGAAACCCUGCAAAAGUUCAUUCUGUUGGGUCAUUCCUUUGGUGGCUUUCUGGCUGCCUCCUACUCCAUCAAACAUCCUGAGAGGAUUUCCCACCUCAUCCUGGCUGACCCCUGGGGAUUCCCUGAACGGCCCUUGGAUGUUGGCAGAAACUCAACCAUUCCGCUGUGGGUGCGAGCCAUUGGUGCCAUACUUCAACCCUUCAACCCACUCUUCAUUGUCAGAACAGCUGGCCCAUGGGGUCCCAAGUUACUCCAGAAAGCCAGGCCAGAUCUCAUCCGCAAGUUUUCGGGUGUGGUGAAAGAUUCGGAAGAAGUAAUUCCAAAUUACUUGUACCACUGCAACGCUCAGAAUCCAACUGGUGAGUCGGCUUUCCAUGCCCUCAUGGCUGGCUUUGGCUGGGCGAAGUAUCCAAUGAUCCACCGAAUGGACUCGCUGAGGAAGGAAGUCCCGAUCACCUUGAUCUAUGGAUCGAGGUCUUGGGUGGACCGGGAUCCUGGCUUCCAGAUCAAGUACACGAGGCAGGACUCGUACGUCGAUGUGGUGGUUAUCAAAGGUGCAGGUCACCAUGUGUACGCAGACAGAGCAGAGGUGUUUAAUGAGCUGGUGAAUUACAUUGGAGACAAUGUAGGACAAUGGUACGGCUUGCCUAAGAAAAUGAGCAUGAACCCAGAUUUAGUGGAAGCGUGCGGUGAGGCCAGAAAUGCCGGCGCGUCACUGACCAACAUGCUGACAUGUUCGCAACUGGAUGAUAACCAUGCAAGACUCACAGAAACAUCACACAUCUGUCAGGCCCCCUGGACAUACCUAAAGCAAAUCUAG